UCUCUAUUUGAGAUUAGGGUUUGAAAAAAGAUAGAUCUGAAGAAAGAAGAAGAAGAAGAAAGAGGAGGAGAGAAGAAUGGCGAGCAAUGGAGGCGUGGAUCUUGCGGAUGUUCCGUCGGUGGAUCUGAUGACGGAGCUCCUCCGUCGGAUGAAAUGCCAAUCCAAACCCGAUAAGCGCCUCAUCCUCAUCGGUCCUCCUGGAUCUGGGAAGGGUACACAGUCACCCAUUAUAAAGGACGAGUAUUGUUUGUGCCAUUUGGCAACUGGAGAUAUGUUAAGAGCUGCUGUUGCUGCUAAGACUCCUUUAGGGGUUAAAGCUAAAGAGGCCAUGGAUAAGGGAGAGCUUGUGUCUGAUGACUUGGUUGUUGGAAUAAUCGAUGAAGCUAUGAAAAAACCCUCAUGUCAAAAGGGUUUCAUCCUUGACGGAUUCCCACGGACAGUUGUUCAAGCCGAAAAGCUAGAUGACAUGUUGCAGAAGAAGGGUGUAAAGGUUGACAAGGUGCUCAACUUUGCAAUUGAUGAUACCAUCUUGGAAGAGAGAAUCACUGGUCGUUGGAUCCAUCUGCCUAGCGGGCGGAGUUACCAUUCAAAAUUUGCACCACCAAAGAUUCCUGAAAUUGAUGAUGUUACUGGAGAGCCCCUGAUCCAAAGGAAAGAUGACACAGCUGCUGUUCUUAAAUCAAGGCUAGAGGCUUUCCACAGGCAAACAGAACCUGUCAUUGAUUACUAUACCAAGAAGGGCAUUGUGGCAGAGCUUCAUGCUGAGAAACCCCCUAAAGAGGUUACUGCUGAGGUUCAAAAAGCUCUUUCAUGAUGAUCAG